GAUUUUUUAAACUUUGUAUCUGUUAUCAGUAUUAUCUGUUAUCAGAAUACUGACACCUAGUAUUCAACAGAGAUCCCAAAUGAGAGCCCCACAAUGUGUUCCCCUCAUUAUGGAGCCUGAGUCUCGUUUCUAUAGCAACUCUGUUCUUGUUCUGGAUUUCCAGUCACUAUAUCCUUCAAUUGUGAUAGCAUAUAACUACUGCUUUUCCACUUGCCUUGGCCAUGUAGAGAAUUUGGGAAAGUAUGAUGAGUUCAAAUUUGGCUGUACCUCUCUAAGAGUACCUCCAGAUUUACUUUACCAAAUUAGGCAUGACGUCACAGUGUCCCCCAAUGGAGUAGCUUUCGUCAAGCCUUCUGUACGAAAGGGUGUUCUACCAAGAAUGCUUGAAGAAAUUUUGAAGACUAGAUUGAUGGUGAAGCAGUCAAUGAAGUCUUACAAGCAGGACAGAGCCCUGUCACGGAUGCUCAAUGCCCGUCAGCUAGGACUAAAGCUGAUAGCAAAUGUCACGUUUGGCUAUACGGCUGCUAAUUUCUCCGGGAGAAUGCCGUGUAUUGAGGUUGGUGAUAGCAUUGUUCACAAAGCCAGAGAGACCUUGGAACGAGCAAUUAAACUAGUGAAUGAUACCAAGAAAUGGGGUGCUAGGGUUGUUUACGGUGAUACUGACAGUAUGUUUGUACUACUGAAAGGAGCCACCAAGGAGCAGUCUUUUAAGAUUGGUCAAGAAAUUGCUGAAGCUGUUACUGCUACUAAUCCUAGGCCAGUGAAACUGAAGUUUGAAAAGGUGUAUCUGCCCUGUGUUUUGCAAACCAAAAAGAGAUAUGUGGGUUACAUGUAUGAAACACUGGAUCAGAAGGACCCGGUAUUUGAUGCGAAAGGAAUAGAAACAGUCAGAAGAGACUCUUGCCCUGCUGUUUCUAAGAUACUUGAGCGUUCUCUAAAGCUGCUGUUCGAAACAAGAGAUAUUAGUCUAAUUAAACAGUAUGUACAGCGACAAUGUAUGAAGCUUGUGGAAGGGAAGGCCAGCAUACAAGAUUUUAUCUUUGCCAAGGAGUACAGAGGAAGUUUUUCUUACAGGCCUGGAGCCUGUGUCCCAGCCCUUGAACUUACAAGGAAAAUGCUUGCUUAUGAUCGGCGCUCUGAGCCUCGAGUUGGAGAACGAGUGCCAUAUGUCAUCAUUUAUGGGACCCCUGGACUACCCCUUAUCCAGUUGAUAAGGCGCCCAGCAGAAGUCUUACAGGAUCCCACUCUGAGGCUGAAUGCCACUUACUACAUCACCAAACAAAUUCUUCCACCCCUGGCCAGAAUCUUCUCUCUUAUUGGUAUUGAUGUCUUCAGCUGGUAUCAAGAAUUACCAAGGAUCCAGAAAGCUACAAGCUCCUCCAGAAGUGAACUCGAAGGGCGGAAAGGCACUAUCUCUCAGUAUUUCACUACUUUGCACUGUCCUGUGUGUGAUGACCUGACUCAGCAUGGUAUCUGUAGUAAAUGUCGGAGCCAGCCUCAGCAUGUAGCAAUCAUCCUCAAUCAAGAAAUUCGAGAAUUGGAGCGUAAACAGGAGCAGCUUAUAAAGAUAUGCAGGAACUGUACAGGUUCCUUUGACCGACAUAUCCCAUGUGUUUCUCUCAACUGCCCGGUACUUUUCAAACUCUCACGAGUAAACAGAGAAUUAUCCAAGGCACCAUACCUGCGACAGUUACUGGACCAGUUUUAAGUUAGCAGUGUCACAGAAUCCCAGGUGCUCUCUGCUCAGUGUUUACCACUCAGUUCCUCUGCAUGGUGCUUUCUCAACCUCCAUCAAGUCAAAGAUGUUCACUGUCUGUCUGCCAUCCAAGACUAUGAAGAUUUCUGCUAACAGAAUUAAAAAGGAUACAUGCUGCUCUCUGGAUAGCUCACUUCUUACAAUGUACAAAUUCCUCAUCAUUUCACCUUUGAACAUUGUUUUAUAAUAAUACAGGUGUUGGAUUUGCUCCAGUUUAUGUACCAUCUUGUAAAUCCAUUUGAACAGAUCAUGUUUACUUCCCUGUGGAAGGAACACUGAAAACCUCUUAAAGUCAUUCGUGUGUAUUCCUUAAACUGUCUGUAUCAGGAUGUGUUGCUUAGAGAUAUCCACUCACUUUAUAAUUUUGACUGCAAAAUAUUUUGUAAAUACACUUUUUUACUUUUCAAAUAACUGAGUAAAAUAAUGUGCAAUGAAUUUUAUACAAUGAUUUUCACGUUGUUGGUAUAUCUCCUCUAGGUUUUGCUUGACUCAAAGGUAGAUUUGUUACUUUGAUCAAACUGUGCAAAUAGUACCAUGUGUAGCAUUUUUGAAACAUUCUUUUCUAAAGACCGCUGUCUUGCUAUAGCUACUAACGGGGCAUUGUGAGGAACUGUGCAAAGACAUUUUUGUUACAAACCUGUGGGCCUGUUGCAAUACUUUAAAAAUAAAAUAAAAAAAUUUAUUCCAUUUUGCUUGUUUUGUAUAGACAUUUCUAUUGCUUCUAAAUAUGCUUAAAAUAUUUUCUUUCCUUAUGUACUGUACAGUUAAUCUUAUUUGCCAUCCCUUGAACACAAAUGUGUAUUUAGGAUAUUUGUAUAACUGUAUAAAAUGAAAAAGGAAUUAUGUGGUCAGUGCAUUGUUUUUUAAACUGGAAAUCCUUUGUUUUGAGAGUUAAUAAUGGAAACCAAAUUAAAAAUUGAAUAAAAUAUGAAA